ACUGAUAACAAAAUGGCGUUUUUAGAGCGCACACAUUAUCAGAAUAUUGUAUUUGUGCAUUCUAAAGCCAACUUUUGCCGUUAUUUAUCAGUUUUGUUUCGCAGUUUUGGAAUUAAAGCAAUUUGUGGUGAAUAUACAAAAUGAAGAUAAAUAAUUCCGAAGAGGCAUACAAUAAAAUGAUUUCAGCGUUACAGUGGUUAAAAACGAUCUUUAUACGGAUAUGGACAUUACUCAGUUCUAUAAAGUUCUUAAUUUCAUUGAUUACACUGGCUUUGCUUGUAUCCGGACUAUCGCUGUUGAUAGUAGGUAUACUCGCCAUAGUAACAUCUGCUCAAUACGAAGAAUUUCUUGGGAUUUCGUUCUUCGUGCUCCCCAUAUUUGCGGUAGUCACCGCUUCUAUGGUACUAUGUGUAGCUGCGAUGGGAUGGAUUGCUGUUAAAUCGAAAAAAUAUAGUUUAUUUUCAGCGUAUCUCGCCUCACUUGUUGUGAUAUUAAUUUUCCAAAUAGCAAUAGCUAUUUUCGGUUUCAAAAUUAAUUACGAUAUUUACGAGGACAAUGUAAUUAAUCAUAAAUUGUAUGAGAGUAGGAUGGGAUAUUAUUAUGGCGUGGAUUGGGAUAUUUUGCAAAGAGAGUUACAAUGUUGCGGCUACGACGGUGUGAAUGACUGGGGACUUAACAUACCGCUCAGCUGCUGCCCGAUGUCCUGGAGAGGGUCAUCUCCAUUCCAGUGUACGAAGAGCAAUUCAUACUACCCCGGAUGCCGCUUGAAACUUAACUGGAUGCUGGCAGAUUAUGUCAUUGUCCUUGGAAUUACUGCUGCCACAGUCACGUGUCUACAGGGUAUAAUAAUAUCUAUGGCAGCUUGCAUAGCUUAUAAAAUGAAAAACCAGCGACAAUCCUCGCCCUACGAGCGCAAGGGCCUGUUAACGGGGACAGACUAUUCGCAAUACCAUACUAUACCCGGGAACGAUUUACCGUAAUCCUAAGGCAUGAUCCUUAAACCUUAAUGACAACCGUCUCAUUGCAACUUUGAUCCGGCCCGAAGGACCAUGUGUCUGUUAAAACAAUAUUUUCUGUAUUUUCUUUAAUAAUCAUUAAGAAGUAAAACUUAUUAAAAAUAUUAUAUCUGGUGAGUGUGAUGACACAAUAUGUUGUUUGUUUUUUCGAAAUCACGGAAGAAGUUUGUAUUGUAAUCAUACGAAAAUGACUUCUUGACCCUUUGACUAAGUCAAACAUUUUGUGUUUAUAUAAUUAGAGGACUAACAUACAAUAUUUAGUUUUGUUUUAUUUUAAUAUUAAGUAGUAGUGUACAAUAAUCAAUUUAUGUUAUUUAAAGGAGUUCAAACAUUUUUCAUACGAGUACAUAUCAGGGGCCAGAUUUUAUGAAUGAACCAUUCAUAAUAUUAUCUACUAGCUGACAUCGCGGUUUUACACGCGUAGUUCCCGUGGGAAUACGGAGAUAAUAUAUAGCCUAUAGCCUUCCUCGAUAAAUGGGCUAUCUAACACUGAAAGAAUUUUUCAAAUUAUACCAGUAGUUACUGAGAUUAGCGCGUUCAAUCAAACAAACAAACUCUUCAGCUUUAUAAUAUUAGUAUAGAUUUUAGACUGGUUUAAAAUCAGUUUGAUAAAAUUUACGAUGUUG